CUAACGUCAACCUCUUCCGCAACAAACUCACAACCACACAAAACGAUGGAAGCUAAUGCAGGAUCGACAUUGCCGAAUGAUUCAGAGGCACCGCGAGCACGAUGGAAGUACCUGGACAAGAUACUAAACCGGCCGGGUCCGUUUACGGAUGAAGACUCCUUCAUGCCUGGGGAGCCUGUUAUUGAGAGUUUGGAGCGCGCAAAGAUACUAGUCAUCGGAGCCGGCGGGCUAGGUUGCGAAAUACUCAAAAAUCUCGCUCUCUCCGGCUUCAAAGACAUCCACGUAAUCGACAUGGAUACCAUCGACGUCUCCAACUUGAACCGCCAAUUCCUCUUCCGCGCAUCCGACGUGGGCAAGCCCAAGGCAGAAGUUGCCGCGCGCUUCGUUGAAUCCCGCGUCAAAGGUGUAAAGAUUACCCCUUACUGCGGCAAGAUCCAGGACAAAGACGAAGAGUACUACAUGCAAUUUGCCAUGAUCGUGUGCGGGCUCGACAGCAUCGAGGCGCGGCGGUGGAUUAACGCGACGCUUGUGGGUAUGGUGGACCCUGAGAAUCCCGAUAGCCUGAAGCCGCUGAUUGAUGGCGGGACCGAGGGGCUCAAAGGCCAGGCUCGGGUUAUUUUCCCGACUAUGACGAGCUGUAUCGAAUGCCAGCUGGAUAUGCAUGCUCCGCGUGCUGCAGUCCCGCUAUGUACGCUGGCCACCAUUCCGCGCCAGCCGCAGCACUGCAUCGAGUGGGCGCACAUCAUCGCAUGGGAAGAAGAGCGCAAGGAAAUCACGCUCGACACGGACGACCCGGAGCACAUCACGUGGCUGUACCAGAAAGCGCUCAAGCGCGCGCAGGAAUUCAACAUCCCCGGCGUCACCUACUCGAUGACUCAAGGAGUCGUCAAGAACAUUAUCCCAGCCAUUGCGUCGACCAACGCCAUCGUAGCAGCGAGCUGCUGCAACGAGGCCUUCAAAAUCGCCACAAACACGAAUCCUUUCCUCGGCUUCCCCGAAACAGACAACUACAUGAUGUACACCGGUGACGAGAGCAUCUACACGUACACAUUCGAGCACCAGAAGAAAGACGACUGUCCCGUAUGUGGCGCAGGCACCAUCGCUCGCCCGCUGCAAGUCAAUCCGAACUGGACGCUGCAGGACUUUGUGGACAGUCUGGCAGAGAGGCCGGAAGCGCAGCUUAAGAAGCCGUCGAUUCGGACGGGGGAGCACUCGCUGUACAUUCAGAGCUUGGCGGACUUGGAGCGCCAGACGCGCCACAAUCUGACCAAGAAGAUGAGCGAACUCGUCGAGGAUGGAGAGGAGAUGGUGAUUACGGAUAAGUCGUUCCCGACGCAGUUCAAGUACAAGGUCAUCUUUCACAAGUAGCGAGCUGUAUUGGGUGCGAAGAUUUGAGCGCCGCGGGCGCGUGCGUCGCACACGGAGACUGGGCUAAUCCCGUUAUGGUAGAUAAAUGAAGUGGUAACGCGGACCCUUGGGGCUGCGCUCUAGCCCGUAUCGCAUCCAUAAAUAUGUACACU